AUGACGGAAUCGCUGCACAACGCACCCAUUGUGCUCGACAAUGGCUCCGGCACCAUCCGUGCCGGCUUCGCAGGCGACGACCUCCCAAAGUGCUUCUUCCCCUCGUGGGUCGGCCGCCCAAAGCAUCUCAGAGUACUGGCCGGUGCCCUCGAGGGGGAUGUCUUUAUCGGGCAAAAGGCGGCCACGGAGCUGAGGGGGCUGCUGAAGAUCCAUUACCCCCUGGAGCACGGCAUUGUCACGGAUUGGGACGACAUGGAGAGGAUAUGGGAAUACGUGUACGGAGAGGGUCUCAAGACUCUCAGCGAAGAGCACCCCGUCCUCUUGACCGAGCCCCCCCUAAACCCCCGCAGCAACCGUGACACGGCGGCCCAAAUCCUCUUUGAGACCUUCAACGUGCCCGCCCUGCACACGUCCAUCCAAGCGGUGCUAUCCUUGUACGCCAGCGGACGGACAACGGGCAUUGUCCUGGACUCGGGCGACGGCGUGUCGCAUGCGGUUCCCGUGUACGAAGGCUUUGCCAUGCCGAGCAGCAUCCGCCGCAUCGACGUUGCCGGGCGCGACGUGACCGAGUAUCUGCAGAUGCUGCUUCGCAAGAGCGGCUACAUCUUCCACACGAGCGCCGAGAAGGAGGUGGUGCGGCUGAUCAAGGAGAGCGUCUCGUACGUGGCACACGACCCCAGGAAAGAGGAGAGGGACUGGAUCGGCGUCAAGCCCAACGAGAGCAAGUUUGCAGAGUAUACGCUGCCGGAUGGGCAUAAGCUCAAGAUUGGCCCCGAGCGGUUCAGGGCCCCCGAAAUCCUCUUCGACCCCGAGAUUAUGGGGCUCGAGUACCCCGGCGUGCACCAAAUCGUCGUCGACGCCAUCAAUCGGACGGAUCUGGACCUGCGCAAGUCGCUGUACAGCAACAUUGUGCUGUCGGGCGGCAGCACGCUGACCAAGGGCUUUGGCGACCGGCUGUUGACGGAGCUGCAGAAACUGGCAGUCAAGGACAUGAGGAUCAAGAUCUUUGCGCCGCCAGAGCGCAAGUACUCGACGUGGAUUGGUGGAAGCAUCCUCGCGGGCCUGAGCACGUUUCGCAAGAUGUGGGUGAGCGUUGACGACUGGCACGAGAACCCCGACAUUAUCCACACCAAGUUUACGUGA